UCAACAAGACUGUUGGUGAAAGGUGACAGAGAAUAGCCGAAUUUCGUUAGAGUAGCAUGUGAUGAGUAUAAAUAUCUCGAACGGAUUCAGCCAAAAUCAUUCGAUCUCGUUCGCUUCAAUAAUGGCAUUCAAAUUCGUUACUUUUGCCGCCCUUGUGGCUGUUGCCCGUGCUGGUGUUCCAUUGGGAUAUGCCGCUGCUCCAGCUGUUUCCUAUUCCAGCAUCUCAGCUCCAGUUGCCCACUACGCUGCACCAGCUGUAGCCAAAGUUGCAACUUACGCCACUCCAGCUGUUUCCUACUCCAGCAUCUCAGCUCCAGUUGCCCACUACGCUGCACCAGCUGUAGCCAAAGUUGCAACUUAUGCCGCUCCAGCUGUUUCCUACUCCAGCAUCUCAUCUCCAGUAGCUCACUACUCAAGCCCAGCUAUUGCUACUUACUCUGCUCCAGUUGCCCAUACUUAUGCCGCCGCUCCAGUAGCUUAUGCUGCCGCCCCAGCUAUCACCAAAUACGCUGCUCCUCUUGCCUACGCCACCCCAAUUGCCAAAACUAUUGUUGCCGAACCAGAAGCACCAGCUAACUACGAUUUUGGAUACUCCGUCAACGACCCCCACACCGGAGACAGCAAAUCCCAACAAGAAUCUCGUCACGGUGAUGUUGUCCAAGGAAGCUACUCCCUCAUCGAAUCCGAUGGAACCAAACGUACCGUAGAAUACACCGCUGAUGCUCACAAUGGUUUCAACGCUGUUGUACACAAAGAACAAGCUGCCGUAGCUGUCAAAGCCGCCGUACCAGUUGUAGCCAAAUACGCUGCACCAGCUAUCUCCUACGCUGCCCCAUUUGUUACUUUCGCCGCCCUUGUGGCUGUUGCCCGUGCUGGCAACUUGGGAUAUGCCGCUGCUCCAGCUGUGUCCUACUCCAGCAUCUCAGCACCAGUUGCCCACUACGCUGCACCAGCUGUAGCUCAAGUUGCAUCUUACGCAGCUCCAGCUGUUUCCUACUCCAGCAUCUCAUCACCAGUAGCUCACUAUGCUGCUCCAGCUGUUGCUAAAGUAGCCACCUACUCUGCUCCAGUAGCCCACACCUACUCUUAUGCUCCAUCUGUCCAAACCUACUCAGCUCCAGUUGCCCAUACUUAUGCCGCCGCCCCAGUAGCUUACGCUGCCGCCCCAGCUAUCACCAAAUACGCUGCUCCUCUUGCCUACGCUACCCCAGUUACCAAAACUAUUAUUGCCGAACAUGAAGCACCAGCUAACUACGAUUUUGGAUACUCCGUCAACGACCCCCACACCGGAGACAGCAAAUCCCAACAAGAAUCUCGCCACGGUGAUGUUGUCCAAGGAAGCUACUCCCUCAUCGAAUCUGAUGGAACCAAACGUACCGUAGAAUACACCGCAGAUGCCCACAAUGGUUUCAACGCUGUCGUACACAAAGAACCAGCUACCGUAGCUGUCAAAGCCGCCGUACCAGUAGUAGCCAAAUAUGCCGCACCAGCUAUCUCCUACGCUGCCCCAGUUGCCAAAGUAGCUUAUGCUGCUGCACCAGCUAUCUCCUACGCUGCUCCAGUUGCCAAAGUGUCUUAUGCUGCACCAGCUUACUCUUACGCUGCUCCAGUUGCCAAAGUAGCUUAUGCUGCUGCACCAGCUAUCUCCUACGCUGCCCCAGUUGCCAAAGUAUCUUAUGCUGCACCAGCUUACUCUUACGCUGCCCCAGUUGCCAAAGUAGCUUAUGCUUCAUCACCACUUAUCACCAAAACUUACGCUCCAACCAUCUCUUAUGCUGCUGCUCCAGCAUACUAUCACUAAGUCACUAAGUCAUUACCGAUUAUAGAGAUGUUUUAAUUCUCUUCUCAUUUCUAUUCUUAUGUAUAUAUCUAUAGAAAAUUAAUUUAUUUUCAGGAUAUUCCUGAUAUUUUCUCUGAAGUGAAUAAAUUUUCGAAAAUAAAA